AUGGCUUCACCUUUUUCGUUUCCAUCGAGCGGCGCGGCGACCAACAACACGACGGCAUCGGCACCUGCUACUGGAAACUUAUUUGGCUCGGCUAGUGCUGCCGGAGGCGGUGCGAAGCCUCUCUCAUUUGGGUUUGGCACUGCCAACAAAGAUAACGCAGCAAGUGCUGGUAACGUCUUCGGGGGCGCGACAUCCGCAAGUCCCGCCACUCCCUCAGGAGGUCUAUUCGGUGGAAGCUCUACGACCCCAGCUACUACUGGUAAUAGCCUCUUCGGCGCGAAACCCGCCUCAGCAGCGCCUGCUUCUGGUACAUUGUUCGGCGGUGCAAGCACGCCCGCUGCGACAUCUGGGGCUGGACUUUUCGGCCAGCCUGCGUCGACGAGCCAAGGCCAAGCUGCCACGACUACAACAACUGCACCGGCAUCUUCAGGUCUCUUCGGCGGCGGCACGGCGGCGGCCCCUACGUCUGCAUUUGGAAGCACUCUAGCUGCGCCUGGCGUAGGUGCGCCUGCCGCUACCCCCGCCAAGCCCAUGUUUUCCUUACCAUCGACAACACCUGCUGGCGCUCCUCCAGCUGCAGGCGGCGCUGCCGGUGGACUAUUUGGCGCCGCCGCAAAGCCUCUCGGUACUGGUGCAUUGUUCGGUGCAAAGCCGAGUGGCACUGAUGCUGCAGCUACGCCUGCCACAACAGCACCCGCUAGCACUGGGCUUUUCGGUGGCCAAUCGAUCGCACCCGCCGCUGGGGGUCUCUUUGGCGGCGCGAAGCCUGCUGCUGCUUCCUCGCCCAGUCUUUUCGGGAAUACUGCCGGCGCCACUCCGACUUCACAGCCCGCAGCCGCCCCCGCCGCGGCCGCAUCGACAGGAGCUUCUCUGUUCGCUGCUAAGCCCGCAGCCACGUCUACUUCUGCUGCAGCUACUUCCAUAUCCGCCACUGUGGCUCCCAGCUCUGGUGGCCUCUUCGGCGGUGGUGCUACCACUACCACGACAGCGGCGGUGCCGGCUUCCACGACAGCAUCAACUUCUGGCGGCCUCUUUGGCGCCAAAUCCGCUGAUGCUGCGGGCACGACAAGUGCAGCUGCAGCUCCAGCGGCGACUGGCACUGCUGCUUCUCUGUUCGGCGCAAAGCCUGCCACAGAAACCGCGAAGCCCGCUCCAUCCUUCUUCGGAGCGACGACUGCGGCCCCGACGGCAUCAACGCCAACUUCAACCGCCGCCCCAGCUUCGACCACGGGCGCCAUCAGUGCAUCUGCUUUGUUCGGCGGCGCUAAGCCGACUACGGAUGCUGCGAAGCCUGCCACUCAAACACCGACAGCCACGACUUCUACCAGUGCGCUUGGUGCGUCUACCACUGGACCGCCUUCCCAAAUCGCUCGACUCAAGAACAAGACGAUGGAGGAUAUCGUCACUCGAUGGGCGUCGGACUUGACCAAGUACAAGAAGGAAUUCAAGGAGCAGGCCACAAAAGUGUCCACUUGGGACAGAAACCUGGUUGACAAUGGCGAGAAGAUUCAAAAACUGUAUCUGGACACGUACGAGGCUGAGCGCGCCAGCCAUGAGAUUGAGAGACAGCUCGCCGCCGUAGAGAGCCAGCAGGAGGAGCUGGAAGCGUGGCUCAGCCGCUACGAAUCCGAGGUCCAGGACAUGUUCGCCAAGCAGCUUGGUCCUGGUGAGCAUCUCGCCGGGCCAGACCAAGAACGUGAGCGCACAUAUAAGCUAGCCGAGAAGCUCACACAGCAACUGGAUGAGAAGUCCCGCGACCUCUCCAAGAUGGUCAAAGAGAUCAACGAUAUUUCGGGAAGCCUAAGCAAGGGCGCCAAGGCAGAGGAUCCGCUGAGCCAAAUCGUGCGUGUGCUCAACGGCCACCUUACACAGCUCCAGUGGAUCGAUGCCAAUGCGACGGCACUGCAAGCCAAGGUGACUUCGGCGCAGAAGGCAAACAACGGCAUGGCCAACAACUAUGCGGGCGUGGAGAGCGACGCGGCCGAAGGCUUCUAUCGCGCGUACACGGGACGCCGGUAA